CACGGGAUGGGUCGGUGAAGUCCCGAUCAACGUUUUCCUCAACGUUUUUUUCUCGUCGAUAUGUGACGUGGCGUCAAAUGAAUACCACCUACCACCCUUUGUCAUUCUGUUGUUUCAUCGCGGGUAUCCGUGUUCUUCCAUCGUUCUCUCGGUCGUCGUCGAUUUUUUUCAAGUAUUUCUAAAGUGAGACUAUCCGAAUCCGCGAUAUUCUUGACAGCGCACGUAUUGGCCGACAAAAUUCAAACUCACUGAGAAAACCGAGAAUUCCCAAAGUGAUGAGCCGCCGUCAAGACGCCGAUAUGGAUUUGUUGUUUUUCUCUUCCAUAGACGAGGCCACGAAGAUGUGGCUCGAUACCCUGCAUCGAAUGUGGGCGCUGUGGAAAAAAUGCGACGGUGUCAGUAAGACAUUGACGGAUUACUUCGAGACGGCACCAAAUCCGUAUCUCAGCACGUUGAGAAUUCUUGUCAACGUAUCCGAUUUUGAUCACAUGACGAACAGCAAGUCACUUGCGUUUGCAGUGAUAGAGGAGUUUGCAAAUUGGAUAGAAGAGAGAAAAGAAGGAUACAAGGAAUUUCUUGUUCCUGAUUUGAAACUAGCAGCGUUUAAAUUAGUGAGACAAAAACACAUGAAACAAAUGCUACUAAUAAAGAAAAUAUCUGCCAUAUAUGACUUUGUGGAGCAUAAAGACAUAUUCUUACAAACAAUAAAAGAUAUGAUACAAGAGAAAGAAUAUAAAGAAGCUGCACAAUAUGCAGCCAUAUUACAAUUGCAAAGUCAUUUUAUAGAUCCGAAAAUAUUGUUACUACCGCUUAUACUACAGAAUAAAUUGCAAAUAGUUGAUGAAUUUUUAACGGGCUGCCCGGAGGUUCAAAAAGCGUUGACAACUUAUUUGGACAACUUAAUAGCACCAGGGCAAAACGUGCAGAUUAUCUUGGAACAAUUUAUUUAUACAAAUGAUAUACCAGACGUUAAGAUAUCAUUGACACAAGUUCGUCCGAUAACCAAGCUUAUUGCACGUCUAAUAAAACAGUAUAACUUAUCGCCCGAUGUAUGUCCUCACUUAAACACAAAACGAAACGAAGGAGCGUUGCAAUUCCUUAUACAUAAACGCUAUGUGGAUGGUAGCUUAAAUAUUGCCAGUUGGAGAGAGAUGGUGAGAGAAGCAAUAGGGAAUGAUGUUAAAUUACAAACGGAGUUGCUCACCAUGUUAGUUAACACUAAUGAUGAACAAGAAGGUUUAUACUGGGCAAGAGAAUAUGAAAUACCUAAAGAUGAAUGGCCAUGGGCUAUCGUGCAUAUAGAGGAACAAAGUGCACAAAUGGUAAAUGAGGGCGCUUCUACGAGUAGAGGAAAAACCCGGGAACCAAAUGAAGAUAAUGUAAAUUAUCAUAUUUUAAAAUUACCAAGAGAAAAUGUGAAGUUAGUAGACGAUGGACGAUUAUUUGAAGAGUUCCUCGAUAAUGGAUUAAGAGAUGUUAAUAUGGUUGGAAUUGACUUGGAGUGGAAACCUAGCUUUGGAACUAAACAACCUGAGCUGGCACUUAUGCAAGUAGCUACUGCAGAUAAUGUCUAUAUUUUGGACGUAACUACUAUUGGCAAUAAAUUACCAGAACUCUGGAAUGAGCUUGGUCUUAUAUUAUUCGGAAAUAAAGACAUCGUCAAGAUUGGAUUUGGAGUGGCACAAGAUAUGACUGUAAUACGUAAUAGUUUACCAGCCUUGUCGUCCAUUAAAACACAUGGCCAAGGAUAUCUUGACCUGAUGGUUUUAUGGAGGAAAUUAGUAGAGGAGUACAAUUUCAUUUUCCCAUACAAAGGCGAUCCAAAUUUUACAAACAAAAGCUUGAGUAAACUUGUAGAAUUGUGUUUCGGACAAAGACUUGAUAAGUCUGAUCAAUUUUCGAAUUGGGAGCUGAGACCUUUGCGAGAAAGUCAAAUAAUAUAUGCUGCACUAGAUGCGUAUUGUUUGUUGGAGAUAUACAAUGUAUUAGCAGAUUAUUCAGCAGAUAUGGACAUACCAUUUGAAGAUAUUUGUGCUGAAAUACAGUAUAUUCCGCACGCACAUACAAAGACGAAUGUGAAUAAGUUUCCACAGAAGAAAUAUCCAACAAUGCCUAAUAAAGAUAAUGAGAAUUAUCGCAUGAACGCAGGAGCUUCGCCCAAGUAUGGAACACAUAGACCUAUGGCCAAACAUGGGUAUCACAAUAAACAGAAUGAUCAGGGUAGAUCUGUACACCGUGAUCUAGCUAAUGACAGUCGACAUAAUAACCAGAGAAGAUAUGAUAACUAUGAUAAUCAUGAUAGAAGUGCGCAUAAUGGAGUAAUCCGAGUAGUUAAUGAUGGAAGACACAAUGACCAAAGAAGAUAUGAUGAGAAUCAUGAUAAUUAUAAUCGUGACAGAACUGCGCAUAGUGGAGUAAUCCGAGUACUUAACGAUGGAAGACACGAUGACCAAAGAAGAUAUAAUCACGAUAAUUAUAAUCAGAAUAGAUAUGCGAAUGCCAAAAUGAAUCAAACAGCCAAUGAUGGAAGAUACGACAACCAGAGGAGAUACGAUAAUUAUGAGAAUUAUAAUAGACAUGAUACCCAGAGUAAUCGCGGUAAUCAAACUAGACGCGACAAUUAUAAUAGAUAUGAUAAACAGAGUAAAUGGGAGGAUAUUCAGGGUAAACGAAAUAUUCAAACUAGACAGAAUAAUGCGAGUAGACCUGAACCCGUACAACGACGAAAUUUGGAUCCAAUUCCUGCGCAUACAUGGCGCGUUGUGUGCGACUCAAUGUUGGGUGGUUUAAGCAGCAAGUUACGCAUGUGUGGCAUAGAUUGCAUACACGUAUUAUUUGAUCAAGGAGGAGACGAUUCUGCUAGACUGGCGAUGCGCGAGAACAGGAUUCUAUUAACGCGUAACAAAAGUUACGAAAGAUUUAAGCAGUAUCUACCGCUGGAGAAUUGCUAUAGGAUAAUUGCCGACACACCCGACAACCAACUACGUGAGGUUUUACAUCACUUUGGUGUUGUAAUAACGCAAAAUGAUAUUUUCAGCCGAUGCCAAAUAUGUAAUUGCGAUGAAUUCGUGAAAGUUCCGAAGAAGCUAAUGGACGAUCUUAUGCAAAGCUUUGUGAAAAUUAUAAGGAAAAACAAUUAUCGAGUAUUGCCUAAUCGAGUGGACAAGACAUUAGAAACCGAUAUUGACUCCGAUUCGAACGAUGAUUUCGAAAUUGUUCGGAAUUCAAAUAAUUAUUUUACAAACAGCGAACAUCGUACAUGGCGUUUGUCCAUGGAUACUCUUGACGUUGACGCGUGUACAACCAGAUAUCACAUGCGGAUACAAAUAGAUAAAGUCCCACUGAACGUAUUGAAGAAUGUACAGACCUUUUAUAUCUGCGAACAUUGUGGGAAGAUUUAUUGGGACGGCUCGCACUUGGAGCGAGCACUUAAUGGCGUUAUCAAAGAUUUAAUUGUUAAACAAUAAGUAUUAAUAUUGAAUGUGAUAAAAGGUGUGUGCUUGAGGGACUGGCAAAGCACAAAAAAAUCAAAAUCGUCCUUAGUUUGAAAUUUCGAGUGCAUGCUAAUUGUUCCUACAAAUUAUGAUGCCAAUGAUAAAUAUGCAAUAUUGUCACGCUUAUUCAAGACAUCUGGCCAUAAUAAUACUUGUGACAUAGACGUAGUCGUGUCGUUACCGUUCUUCCUUACAUUUUUAAAGUAUAAUAAUAUUAUAUUCUGUUUUGCUUAUCUUAGCUGUGUAUGCCAUAUAAUGAUGUCAUAAACUAAUAUAACCUGAAUUUUAUUCUGACAAAAUUGGUCGUAUCGAUUACUCCAUAUUAUGAUUAUGAUGCCAUAGAGCUUUUUUUAAGUAAUUACUUUAAUGAUUACUGCUAAUAGUUACUGUUUUAGUAUAAGUUGUUAAAUAAUCUAAGUAGUUUUUCAGUAUUUAGAUUUCUAAUCCUCCUGUUUAAUCUUUAAAUAAGAUGAUGAUUUCCGAGAUAUAGAUUAUUUAAUAAGAUUAAUAAGAACCACGUACAAAUACCCUAAGAUGCAACUUCUGUUACACGACUACAUAUUUGACAUAUAUUUCUUACAUAAGAGCGAAUCGAAUGCAAGUACUUUAUAAAGUAUCUACUCCGCUGCAUUUAUAUUGUAACUGUUUCUCUCAAAUUUAUAACAAAGAACAAAAAUGCCCAUUAGAGUAAAAGACAUUUGAUUUUCCAUAAAAUAUAUCUUAGUUAUUUAUACAUAUUAUAUGCAUACAUAUAUUUAAAGAGAAAAAUACGUGUAUCUAUUUUUUAUUAAAAAAAAAAGUAUUGAAAAAGAUGCUAAUGACCACACGAGGCAUUUUUAGAUUUAACAGUUUUUUAAAUCUACAUUUCCUAUAUUUUCCACUAUCUAUGUUGUAACAAAAUUUAUUUCUACAUAAGUAUUGAAAUAAAAAUAUGUUUCUUCCA